AUGACAAGCAAAUCGGUUGAUUCCUGGGUGCUUGACGCAACCCCACUCAUCACACAACCGGCCUCGACCUUGCAGCAGUUUGCUAACAACUUUUACACAACACCAGGUGUGAAAGCCGAGUUAAAAGACGAGCAUUCUAGAAACCAACUUCUUCUAUGGGCAGACCGUCUCGUUGUCCGUCAGCCCAAGCAGCUGUCCAUCGACAGAAUCAGCAGUUUUGCUAAGUUGACAGGUGACUACUCCGUCUUGUCGAUGAACGAUAUUCACAUCAUUGCAUUGGCAUACGAAAUAGAGAUCGAGAAGGCAGGGGCCGAUAAGUUGAGGAGAUUCCCAGGCCAGAAGCUAGAAGGCGAGAAAGAAGAAAAUCCAAGAGAGAAGAGAGAGUACAAGCCCAGAGCUGAAGUCGUCGAAGAAGAGCAGCCACAGGAGGACGAUGACGGAUUUCAAAUCGUCAGCAAGAAGAAGAGCAGAAAGCCAAGAAAGAACUGGGCACAGAAGCAAGAAACGAAACUCGAGGAAGAAGUGAAGGUUCAAGAACCGGAGGCAGAAAAGAAGAUCGAGAGCAACUCCGAUCAGCAGAAUACAGAAGGUGACGCUGUGUCACCAGAGACGACCGAAGCCCAAGGAGAGCAGUUGAGUGAGGAAUAUAAUGAAGAUGAUGACGACGGAGACUGGAUUACUCCGGAGAACCUUCAAGAAGAGAUCUUCAAAGACAAUAACGAGACUGUUCAGGACGACAAGAGUUCUGAGAGCACCUUCAUCCCGGUUGCCCUUUCUACAGGAGAUUUUGCAUGUCAAAACACCAGCUUGCAGCUCGGUCUCAAGCUCAUGAACCCUUCUUCGGGUAAACAGAUCAAGCGUGUCAGAAACUACAUGUACAGAUGCCACGCGUGCUUCACCAUGACUCCGAUGUCCAAAUCGGGCCAGCCAAAGCAUUUCUGUCCCAAAUGUGGCGGCAACACUCUUCUCAGAUGUGCCGUUUCCGUGGAUAACGAAACCGGCAAGAUCACACCACACUUGAAAAAGAACUUCCAAUGGAUUGUGAGAGGUCAAGUGUACUCGAUGCCAUCUCCACUCAGUAAAAAUCAACAGAAGAGUCAGGGUAACAGAGGGUACCAGCACAACAAGGAGCUCAGGCCCAGCUCUCAGGAUCCAAUCAUCCUUCGAGAGGACCAAAAAGAAUAUGCCAAGGCAUUGAAGGACGAUGCCUGGCUGAGGAAGAAGAGUGAGAAGAUGCUCCAAGAGUGGAUUGGAGGAGGCAGUGCCGAUAACUUCAUUUCACCCUUUGGCACCACAUACAAAUCUUCCGGUGUUAGGGUCGGAAGAGGCAGAAAUGCCAAUGCCAACAAGGGAAGACGGAAGUAA